UGUCAUGAGGGGCGUGGCGGAAAGCACGCAUGCUAGCGCCCGCUAAUGCUCUUCAAGUUUGUGCGAAGGGCUGGCUGUGGUUGAAUACAGCAGCAGCACUGUCUGACUGACUGAGUCUCGCAGGUGGAAUAUAUAGUAAAAACACCGUUUUAAUAUUCCCGGAGAUAUAACAAUUGUCGAUUAUCUUUUCUGAACCAGUGUAAACCGGAGCUGUCAUGCAAACAUAGCCGUUAGCAAGCGAGCCAGGCCGAGGAGAGCUGGCUAGUUGUAUCCUUCAUCCAGACAGGAGCAUAAAUGUUUCACACAAGCCAGUUUACCGAGUUUGUCGACGCUGAAGACGAUGCGCAAGGACGUGAGAAUAUUAUUAGUGGGGGAGCCCAAAGUGGGGAAGACGUCUCUCAUCAUGUCCCUGGUCAGUGAGGAGUUCCCAAAUGUGGUUCCCUACCGAGCUGAGGAAAUUACCAUACCUGCAGAUGUCACACCAGAGAGAGUUCCCACACACAUUGUGGACUAUUCAGAGGCAGAGCAGACAGAUGAGCAGUUGUUUCAGGAGAUCUCCAAGGCAAAUGUGAUUUGCAUUGUCUACUCUGUCAACAACAAGAAGUCCAUAGAAAAGGUGACGAGCCACUGGAUCCCCCUCAUUACUGAGAACACAGACAAGGACAGCAGGGUUCCUCUGAUUCUGGUGGGAAACAAGUCGGACCUGGUGGAACACAGCAGCAUGGAGACCAUACUGCCCAUUAUGAACCGGCACAGUGAGAUAGAGACUUGUGUUGAGUGUUCAGCAAAGAACCUGAAGAACAUCUCAGAGCUGUUCUACUACGCCCAAAAGGCAGUUCUGCACCCCACAGGUCCUCUUUACUGUCCAGAUAAAAAAGAUAUGAAGCCACUGUGUGUCAAAGCCCUGACUCGAAUCUUCAAAGUGUCUGACCUGGACAAUGAUGGGAUUCUCAAUGAUAACGAGCUCAACUUCUUCCAGCGGACGUGCUUUAACACCCCACUAGAGUCUCAGGCGUUGGAGGAUGUAAAAAAUGUGGUGAGGAAGAAUUUGAAUGACGGAGUGCGUGACAACGGACUCACUCUGCAAGGCUUCCUCUUCCUCCACACCCUGUUCAUACAGCGAGGGCGCCAUGAAACAACGUGGACAGUGCUAAGGAGGUUUGGGUACGACGAUGACCUGGAGUUAAAUCAGGACUAUCUCUUUCCUCCGUUGAAACUUCCUCCAGACUGCACCACAGAGCUCAACCAUAAUGCCUACCUCUUCCUCCAGAGCGUCUUUGACAAACAUGACAAGGACCGUGACUGUGCCUUGUCACCAGAGGAGAUGAGGGACCUGUUUGAUGUUUUUCCCUACAUGCCCUGGGGUCCAGAUGUCAAUAACACAGUUUGCACUAAUGACCAGGGCUGGAUCACCUACCAGGGAUAUCUCUCCCAGUGGACGUUAACAACGUAUCUGGAUGUCCAACGAUGCCUGGAGUAUUUGGGUUACCUCGGUUACUCAAUCAUUGCUGAGCAGGAGUCCCAAGCAGCAGGGAUUACAGUGACGAGAGAUAAGAAGAUCGACCUGCAGAAGAAGCAGACGCAGCGCAGCGUCUUCCGCUGUAAUGUCUUUGGAGACAUUGGCAGCGGCAAGAGCAGCUUCCUCCAAGCCUUCCUGGGUAGAAACCUCCUGUGUCAAAAAACGAUUAGAGAGGAACACAGAUCCUACUAUGCCAUCAGCACAACCUAUGUUUACGGCCAGGAGAAAUACCUUCUUCUUCAUGAAGUGUUCCCGGACUUUGACUAUCUGUCUGAUGCUGAUCUGGCCUGUGACAUUGUCUGCCUGGUCUAUGAUGUCGGCAACCCUUACUCCUUUGAAUACUGCACCAAAGUCUUCAAGCAAUACUUCGUGGACAGCAAGAUUCCAUGUAUGAUGAUAGCAGCGAAGUCCGACCUGCCAGAGGUCAAACAGAUCUACGGCUGCAGUCCUCUGGAGUUCUGUAGGCGGCACAAGAUGCCACCUCCCCAGUCCUUCACAUGUAACACUGCAGCAGCACCCAGCAGAGACAUCUACACCAAACUUACCACUAUGGCCAUGCACCCCCACGCCCGGCUGCGCUGCAUGUGCACUUGUAACCGGUGCACCUUCUGCUUGUGUCAAAACUUCCUCAACUCUGAGCUGCUGCAGACGGUCAGGGCCAAACUCUACGCUGUUGUACUCAUAAGACAUGUGAGCCAAGCGGACCUGAAGAGCUCGACCUUCUGGCUGAAAGCGAGUGUCGGGGCCACGGUGUUUGCCGUGCUGGGCUUCGCCAUGUACAGAGUGCUGCUCAAACCACGGUGAUCCUCGGGCACCUGGGUCCAACCCUCUUCACCCCAUGGUACAUAUAGAGCUAUUUUGACCAGUCACACCAUUAGGCUCUCCCACUUGCAUUUAGUAAAUUAAAAUCUAUUUCAAAUCUGUCGUGGUUUUGUUUUGGCAGGAAAGAAAAAUGUAUGAAAGCUUACCUUCGCAUUUUUGCAUUUUCAUUCCACUGUAAAUUGCAAGUUUUUGCAAAGUACUAUAUCUAUAUUUAUAUAAAAAAUGAGAAUGAGGGUAAGCCACUGAUGAGCCAAAGUGAGUAACAAGUGAGUUAUAUAUAUAUAUAUAUAUAUAUAGCUAUUUUUGGUUGCUUGCUGUAAGUUGUGAUAGGGAUUGUGAUAUGUCAAUAACACUGAUGCUUUUAUUAGACUGAACAAUAUGUAUAUAGUGUAUAUAAUAUAGUAGACUGUACAUUUGUUUGUCAUUGUCUAACUCACACACACAAUACUGAAUGCAAGGGUAUUAGCUUAACAGUCUGGUUAUGAACUCACACAAACAUUAGCAUUGAUAUUCACAUUGACAGAAAUUGGUUUGACUUUUAGGGCCAAACGCUUGGAUGCAAACUUUUCUAAUGUUUGUACAUUUCAGCAGGUCAGUGUUUGAUCAGUGGAUGUGAAUAUGGGUCUGCUGCUCUCUCUCGUGUGUUACUGUGUUAAGAUAUUUGAAAACACUUUACAGUCACUCUGUACAUUUUGAAUUUGCAUGCUUCAGAAUUUCUGACCACAUUCCAGUGUUUUUAAGACUUACUGUACAACCUUCUCCACAUUGCUUUCCAUCAUCCGGUCGAGUCAUAGUAAAGUUUGACAGUCAUUUGACCCUUGUUGUGAUUCCCAGUCACCUCUCCUGAUCGCAGAAGAUGCAAUAAUGUGGCCCCAGAUGUUGAUUUCCAUGCAAUUGCAACUGCUUGCCACAAUGUACGGUUUGAUGUAUUCACUUAGCCAUGCCUUUCCAAAAGUUUACAAUAAAUAAAUCUCUCUGUUACAUC